GUGAGGGAGAGAGAGAGAGAGAGAGAGAUUGUGUGCCCUGGUUAGUCUCAUGAGUGAGAGACACAGAGCAGGGAGGGUGUGCAGCGUGGUUUACGUGCACGUCCCAGGCAGGCAGAACUAGGUGUGAGUUCACUUGUUGGUGCCACUUUUAAGAUACUUUUGAUGCUGGGCACAAGACUUUCAUAUCUGUCACGCAAGGACCAUAACAGAUCACAUGCAGUCUCAGCAAAUUCAGGAAGUGGCUGGAGAUCCCAAUGGCUCCCGGGUUGUCCUGUCCAGGGAGCCUGGAGUUUCCUCAGGUCAGCAGAUCCUAACGUCUCCAGAGCUGACCCACGAGGUGGUGAUCUCCCCCGGACUCCCCACGCCUCCUCUGAGCCCUUUUCGUUCCUCAAGGCAGCCAUUUGGAGAGGUCAAGGUUUCAGAGGUGAAUGGGGGUGGACCAACAACUCUCAGCUUUGGAUCUUACUAUGGCCCCUCUCAAUCACAUGGUGGGCUUUCCAAUGGCGUCCAGGGCUCUGCCACUUUACCACGCAGCUGGACCCCCACCAGGGAGGAGAGGCUCAUCAAGUUCUCAGGAAUCGGUCCUGUGGAUGAAACUGGGAUGCCCAUUGCCUCCAGAUCAAGCGUGAACAAGCCCAGAGACUGGUACAAGAGCAUGUUCAGACAGAUUCACAAGAAGCCAGAGGAACCUGAGCUGGAAGAUUCAGAGCGAUGGUCAGCUGAACGGUGCCAGUUAUCUGCCAACACAGAAGAAAGCAAUGAAGCAGACAAGAAUCUCUUCAGACUUACACCCUAUGGAGCUCUACCAGACUGGAGCGAGGAUGUAGAUAAGCUGUCAGACCCGGGAAAGCAGCACCCUCAACCGAGAAGCAUAUUCGACUUUGAGCCUGGAAAGAGCAGCACCUCAGAAAGCCGCAGCCAGGUUCAUGUAUCCCCGAGAAAACAACCUGAGACACCAAAGUCCCCUUCUAUUGAGGCCAGUCUGGUCUCUGAAUUGAGUCGGUUUGAGGCUGAGCUGGACUCGGAGAUCCAGGGCCUGGAGAGGAGACUUUCCCAGAAGAAGCAGCGUCGAGGCCGGGGUGAGGAGGCCAGAGCCAGGGAUCCAGUAACUGCUCCAAAGACUGGGACUACCAACUACAGCAAUUUAUCAGCAGCAAAGCAGCCUGUCCAUCGCUCUGCUGGCACACCACUGUCCUCUGCUCCUACAUACGUAGAACGUCUUUCCCCUGCAAAUGAAACCAUGGAGCUCCCACCUAAGAAAGAGGAGAAAAAGAUGAAAGCAGCGCGAGCCAAAUUCAAUUUCCAGGCUCAGUCACCCAAGGAGCUCAUGCUGCAGAAAGGCGACAUUGUUUACAUCCAUAGGCAGGUAGAUGCCAACUGGUUUGAAGGAGAACAUCAUGGAAGAGCUGGUAUUUUCCCCACAUCUUAUGUGGAGAUCCUGCCUCCUACGGAGAAGCCCACACCUAUAAAGUCUCCCACUAUACAGGUGUUGGACUAUGGGGAAGCUGUGGCUCUGUUUAACUUCAACGCUGACCUGCCUGUUGAGCUUUCUUUUCGUAAAGGUGAAGUGAUCGAUAUAACCAGACGUGUUGACGAUAAAUGGUUAGAGGGGAGGAUCUCAGGGACCAGCCGGAGCGGCAUCUUCCCAGCCAAUUACGUCCAGGUCAACAAGAUGCCCCGCACCAAACUCUCCACUGACGACUUCUCACCGGGCCCCAUGUCACCCGUCUCUCCUGGGCCCCAGAGUCCAGGGCGUCCACUCCACUCACCCUGCCCGCGGUCACCCUUAUCCCCUUUCACCCCCUCUUCCCUCAGCCCCAAACCUGAGCACUCCCCCCUGAAGCCGUCUUCACCUGUACCUUACGGCAGCCCAGCUUCACAGUCACGCUCCCCCACCCAGUCACCUGUAUCCAAAGAAAUGGCCAAUAGGUGGCCCUCCAAAACUGCGUCACCCACCAACUUGAACAGCCACUGGGCCGGGACACAGUCAGCCACCCAGAGCUCCGCAGCUAGAGCUGUUUCACCAUCCACUCAGUCGUCAGCAUCCGUACACAGAACAGGAGCAACCACAGCGAACACUCCCAGAUACACUGACCCCCCACAGAGUCUGAUACCAAACCAGGCUGCUCGGACUCAUCCACACGUUAACUCGCUGCCGCCAACACGAGUGCCAAACAACCCUAAUUCAUCAGUGGUGCAACGCCAACCAUAUAAAGCUGUUUACAACUACAAACCACAGAAUUCAGAUGAGUUGGAGCUGAGAGAAGGAGACAUUGUACAAGUGAUGGAGAAAUGUGAUGAUGGAUGGUUUGUAGGUACGUCAGAACGGACUCGUGCUUUUGGGACUUUUCCUGGGAAUUACGUGGCACCUCUUUGACCUCCUCACUUCCCGCUUGCCUACAUCCACCUGGACUCUUACUAAGAGCCCAGACAGUUACUCACUCAGCUCUAUCCAGCAGUUCCUGCUUUGACACCCCAGCAUUUCUUUAUCCUAUUACCCCACCACACUCCAUAUGUCAGACCUGCAUGUUCAGUCUGUUCCCCAGAACAGAGGUGAAUGCAGGGACAUUGAGUGGUUUUUCACCUCACCUCCCUGCAUGAGUGCAUGUGUGUGUGUGUGUGUGUGUUCCACUGAGACUUGCAGAGUGUUUUCACACACACCACUUGAGAGGAAAGAAUGAAUGCUGAUGAUACUGUUUCAGACGCGAAGAAUGGACGUUUUUGUUCCACAACGAUUUGCAGCUGCAGGAAAUUUGCAUUCCUUCCCAGUGACCAGCACUGUUCCCUCUGAGGUCCUGAUACAGUAUGAUGCCGCAUUCAGCUUUUUGUCACCACAGUGCCAUCACAAACCACUGCUGAGUAUUUAUACAUGAGGACAGCACAUUUUUCAGACAUUGCGACGGACUAAUGUUUGCUUCAAAUAUCUUCCUCAGAUUUUCUUGCAGAUCUCUGAAAAUACCCUGGGGAAGAUUAAGGAAACAACACAAACAUCUGUAGAUAUGUGCUUAAAGAAAUGCACAGUGAGGGCUCGGACAUGUCAAGAGAAGUUUACAGCCUUUCGCAAGGCUAUGCAGAGGAGCAAAUAUAAUUAAUGCAUGUAAGCAAGUUGUUCAUUAGAAAGUAAUUGGCUUUUUGGAUGUUGCUCUCAAGCCAUGGAGUGGAAUGCCGAAUGUGAAAGUGAAGAGAUAGAUUCUGUGCCGUAAGAGAAGUUGCUUUGCUCUAAAAUAUAAUAUCAGACCUCUGUAAGUUGUACAAGAUCAGCUCUGUCGAAUAAGUUAAAUCUGGACAAUGCCUCCACAGCAAAUGGUUGAAUGAUCUUUUAAUGUGUUGGAUGUAAUGCUUUAUGUGCCAAAUCUUACAUUUCAUGACAUUUCUCUUUUAAAUUCUCCAUGAAACAAUCCCAACUCACUUUAUUUCUGCUUUCAUGUUUUCUCUGCUUUCGGGGUUAACAUUCUCACUUUGACAGUAUUUCCAAAUCACUUAUAUUUGUACCAAUGCAACCAUUGACAAGUGUGACCUAAUUAGAAAUCCUUAACAUGAGGUCAUUUUGCAAUUUUAUAUGAGAUAUUCAUGAUUUCACUGUAAAAAAAAAUGAAUCAUAUUUAGUAGACACGGGAGACGAUUGUACAGACUGUAACCUUUUAACAAAUUGAAAGUAUAAUAUAUAUUUGCUUAUAAAACAAUGUAUCUCAUGUAUGGUACGCAAUUUUUUUUAAAGCAAUUAAACAUUACAGAGUGAUACUGAGA